UUUGCCUUUGUAUUUAGCUGCAGAUGUUUACUAAUUUAUUUUUAUGUGCUUAUGUUAAAACCUUUUUAAUUGCGAUGUUAUGUUACGAGAAUAAAAGAAAAAGUUUCUUAAUAACUUUGCUUUAGUAGAUAAUGGCUGCAUCAGCUGCCGAAAUCGAAGAAUUCAUAAGCGGACCUUUGGUUUCGUGGCUAAAAUCAUGUCUACCAGACGGAGAAACCAUCAAAGAAUACUCUUCAUUGUUCAAUGGAGAUAUUCUUCAUCAUGUUUACCUCCAGAUUGACCCAGAGCCUUCCUUUCACACUACAAAACUUUCGGGCCUCGAGGAUCAAGCUUUAAUUUUAGGGAGAAUAAAAAAUUUCGAUGCAAUAGUUAAAAAUGUCAAAAAUCUCUUUGAAGAGGAGUUAGGAAUGACAUUGCUCGUGGUACCCGAAUGCAUCUGUAUGGGUAAAGCGCCAACAUCCCGAGAGGGCUUGGAGAACAUGAAGCUUCUGAGUCUAUUGCUGCUUGGAGCUGCAGUGCAAUGCCCUAAUAAGGAAUUCUUCAUUACGAGAAUUAAAGAGCUUGAUGUAGACCUGCAGCAUAAUAUUGUAGAGUGCAUUAAACAGGUAACAGACAUGCAAACUGUGGUGUUGACGCCAGAUGCUAUAGACCUUUUCCAGUCGCCAACAUUGUUCAACCACAUGAGAAGGCUCGCUAAAGAGAGAGACCAUUACCUUCAAAACUGGGCAACUUUGGUCUUGAAUGAAGGUCUAUGUGAGAAUGAAACGGACACCAAGAACACUAACAACAGGUCUUCUCAAAGUGUUAACCAAAAUAAUGGUGAAAGUCAACAUCUAGCCGUGGAGCUUGCUGAUUGGAAAGCUCGUCUUAGAAAACAAAGACAAGAAUUAGAAGAAAAGUCUGAACAACUGGCAGAAUGCCGUGAAGACUUGGAACAUACCAAGUCAGUGCUGACAAAGCUACGCGCGGACAGUCAGGAAUGGUUUAAUGAGGCUAGAAAAGCAGCCAGCUACAGGGACGAAGUAGAUGCUCUGAGAGAGAAAGCCGAGAGAUGUGAUAGAUUGGAACAGGAAAUACAACGUUACCGCGAUCGCUUGACCGACGCAGAAUAUUACAAGACUAGGGUGUCGGAAUUGCGCGAAGACAACAAGGCUCUUAUGGAAACGAGAGACGCGUUAGAAGAACAACUACAAAGAGUGCGAAAAAGGGCUGAACAAUGUCUUACCCUUGAGGCUGCUAUGAUUAAAUUAAAAAGAGAGGCUAAUGAUAUUGCUUUGGAAAGAGAUGCAGAUCAACAAAAGAUUCAAGAAUUGAUAGAGGAAAAUAAUCAUUUACAGUACAUAACUAGAUCAGUUUUAAGUGAAAGUAAUAAUAGCAAUUUAGACACUGAUAACGAAGGAGAAAGCACCUUAGAAUCGGGCGAAAAUAGCUUAUCAGAGCAGCUCACGAGCAAUGCACAAGCCAGGGCUUUAAAGUUAGAACUAGAAAACAAAAGACUGCUUUCGACAAUAGAUAGUCUACGAGAGCAAUCCAUAUUGGAUGGUAGUGACAAAGUCUUAGAGUUAGAAAAAGAAAAGAAGAGACUGGCACUCAAAUGUGAGCAGCUCCAAGAAAAUUGUAACAGGUUUAAGCAACAGAAUUCCGAAUUAGAGGAGGUAUUCAAAAACGCUUUAGAAGAAAAUAGAAAGUUACAAGAUUCUUUGGACAGCCAAAAAGCUCUCUUGGACAGACAAUCAAUAGACAGAGAUUCAGAGAAGAAUAAGCUGCAGGAAUUCGAAAAGCACUUGCAGUCAUUGACCAAAGAUAAACAAAGGAUACAAAUGUUAUGUGACUCCAUUCAGCGACGAGCAGAUGAUCUUGAAAAAUCAUUAGAUUCCAAAACAAAAGAACUAAAUACUGUCAAACCAGAAGCUGAAAAAGUCACUCGCCUUAUCAUAGAAACGGAAGAACUUAAAACUAAACUAACAUAUAGUGAAAAAGAGACACAUAAUUUGCAACGAGAGGUUUAUAAGCUAAAAGAAGCAGUCGAGGAAAAGGAUGUUCAAUUAGAUACCAUUACUACUGAUAUUGAAUUGAAAAAUAAAGAAAUCGAAAGACUAACUCGACAAAUAGAAAUUAAUCAAACCCUAAGCUCCCGCCUACAAGAUUUAGAACAAAAAACACAGGAGUUAAAGUCCCAUCGUAAAGUUGAUACUGAAACUAUACAAACACUUCAAAAAGAUUUGAUUUCAGAAAAGGUUAAUUUCGAUAAAUUACGCAACUGUAUUGAAAAGCUAGGCGUAAAUACAUCAGAUUUGUUGAAUAAGGAACCAAGUGUAGAUGAGUUGUUGGAGAAAAUAUUAACGAGUUCGGAACAUGAAACACUAAUUUUAGACAUAGCUUCCAAAGCUAAUAUAUUUAAAUCUGUACCUUGUAAUUGUGAGCACAAAGACAAACCAGAUGUCGAUUCAAAUGAAAUAAAUCCUCAAGUGGAACAGCUUACGGCAGACUUGGCUGCUCUUCAAGCUUCCUUAGAAAACUCGCAAGCAGAGAACGCUAAGUUGCAAGUGAAUGUUGCUACCCUCAAUUCUCAAAAUGGAUCAUUAAUAUCACAACAGAUGACCUUGCAACUAGCUAACAGCCAAUUGGCUGCUGAAAAGGAAGAAAUAAUAAAGCAACUCGAAGUUUUAAAAGAUAAACAGGACAAUCUACUGCGCGAUCAAGUCGCCUUGCAAACUCUACAUGAGCAACUAAACUCGGAAUAUGAAAUGUUGCUUAGUGAAAAAGAACCAGUGAAACUAGCUAUAAGGGAUUUGAAAAUCGAAAAUAGAGAAUUAAAAGAGGAGCUCGUGAUUUAUAAGAAAAAAGCAGCAGAUUUUGAAUUGGAACGGGAAAAUUUGAAAAUAGAAUCUAGAAAUCUUACAAAUCUUAGAGCAGAACACUCUAAACUAAAGGAAGAUUUUAGAAAUCUUUUCACUGCCAGUGAUCGACUUAAGAAUGAGUACAGGAAUAUUCAGGAGGAGUAUAGAAAUCUUCGCUCAGAAGUGUCCCAGUUGAAAUUAAAAAAUACUGAAAUAUCGGGAGACGUUAAUACGAAAUCCGAAGUGAUAACGAGUAUGGAGUUAGAAAUAAGUAAAACUAAUCAACACUGUGAAAUGUUGAUACAAAUGAACAAGAGUUUGGACGCCGACCGUAGGUCUUUGAUGGACCACGUAUCCCAACUCCUAACACAGUAUCAUGAGUUACUAGCGCACUCCUUGAAAGACAAGCAACAUUAUCACGAGGAGGAAAAGAUGUUCGCCGAUAGAGUUAACGCUUUGUGCCGCCAGAAAGAAAAAUUAGAGGAAAAGAUUAUGGAGCAUUAUAAAAAACUCGACAACUGUACCCCGAAACGUAGGGGCUUCGGCGCAUCGUUCGUUAAACGGGUGAGAAAAGCGGGAACGGAUUUAAUAAACAAGGUUCCAUCUAGAACUCAUAAGAGGAUCGAAGACGCGAGUCGUUCGAAGUCUCAAUUGACUCUAGCGGGCUCAGAAUCGGGGGAAUCGGACCCUGGCUCCCAUGACAUUGAAAAACUGUCCAAAAUGUCUGAUCUAGAACAGGGCUCUUCUAAUCCCAGUGCGGAAUCACCGCACAACAGUUUAGACUCCAGUUUCAAAAAGUUCGAUGAAUCCAUCAUGAAGAAAUGUGAUAAUAUUGAAAUGACGACAUCACUGGUCGAACCGAGGGUUACAACAGAAGGAAAUUUCGUUAGAAGAUUAUCUGCUGCCUCCAUUCAUAGUGGAGGUGGGGAUGAUGCCUUGAUCAGAGCUUCGCUGAGAAGACGUCCGCACAAAGCUGUACCACCAUCACAUAGAAACAGUUUUCAAGGGUUAGACGAAGCCAAUAGACCAGCAGCAUCAUCAACACCCUCCCCAGUGUUCGGUACCGCGGGUACCCGUCGAACUGUUUACUUGGCCGAUGAUAACGCGGACGUGAACCUCAAUAGCAAGCCGCAAAGUACACCUAUCAAGGAGAACCCCACUUAUUUGGUGUACAACAGAAUAUCUACCGUCAUCGGGGACGGAGCGUGUCAGAGCAACGACAGAACAAACGAAAGACCGAUGUCUGAAACGAGAGCCGUCGAAGACAGCGGCACGAGUCGCGAUGACUCUAGACGAGCGAGCAGAUCAGAGAAGCCAGAUAACUCCAAGGAAACGGCCAUCUGGUAUGAAUAUGGUUGCGUAUAAUCUUAUAUGGUUACUAAUGCUGUGGUUGUAACAUAACAAUUAGGUGUAACGUUAACGCUACUCAUAAAAUAUUUAGUUACUUCUUUAUAGGUUAGUAUGCUGACUGAUGAGAUGCCUUGAAUUUCGAAUGAUAUUCGAAUUUGGAACAGUGUGAUUGUAUUUGAUAGUUUUUAAAUACUUACUUAUCUUUUGAUAUGAUUUUGUUUUGACAGUAUUAAUUUCGCAUUUACGUAAAGCAUUUCUUAUGAACUCUCUAUUAUUUAAAUACUUUAUUUUUGUUUUGAAUGCAUAAUA